UUUACGGGUAAGAACUGGACUUUAACAUUCAAAUUUCGGUUGAAAAGAAGAUGAAACUCUUUUUAUUGUGGCAGUUUGAAUCACUGUUUAUACCGGCCCACUUUUGGGACUUCGCAGCGCAUCAACCACGACUUUAACACGCAACAUAUAUACCUUUAUGGAGGAGAGAAAGAAAGAGAGAGAGCGAAGGGAAAAACAUAAACAAAGAAAGAAAGCCUGCGCUGAUUGCUUUGCAGCCAACCACAUGGAGCUGCUGGCUGUGUUUUGGAGGAGGAGGAGGGUUAGUUCGUGUCGGGGGAGCUGAGGUGAGUGGAGAUGCGCCACUGCCCUCCGGACUCGCCCAUCCCGAAUCUUGCCUUGAGAAGUUGAGGUGAUGCUGCUGCGAGGACCCGUCUCUGUUUUCUUUCACUUCUCGAUUUUAACAUCCCCCCUCCUCCUCCUCUUCCUCUUCCUCCUCCUCCUCAACUUGGAUGGCUUGAGCGGCUCGUCCUGCGCUCUUGCUCGCCGUCGCGGAGAGAUGUAAGGUCUGGGCCGUCCACCGCCCUCACACUGCGCGGAGCAGCGGCGUGAUUCAGGUCGCUAUCUGACAAAGAGAGAGAGAGAAAGAGAGAAAAAGAGAGAGAGAAACAAACACACACAGAGAGAAAAAAAGGAAAAAAACUACUUUGGAGAUGUGAAUGAUCGCGGGUUUGCUGCUCAUCCCACCAGCUCGCCUGUCCUAUGCGAUCGACAGCGGGAUGUGAAGAGGAAGAUGAUUGGGGCAUAAACUAUUCCCGGAGACGCCUGUCACAGCUACAGCCGCUGAAGUGGAAAGGGUGGAUGGUUAUUUCGCAAACACUUCAAGCCUAUGUAUACUACUGCAUUCAUUUGUUGGAAACGCUUCCUAGUAUCUUCGAGAACAGCGCAGGAGGAAUGCUGCUCCGAGAUCUGAUGCCAUUUACUUUAAGUUUUUGGCCUUUUUUCAUCGCUCACUGUCUCCUGUCACAGCUUUUACUCUCGUGCAAGGGAGAGAUCCAGAGGUCAUGCUCGCGGACGGUGGCGGAGAAAGUUGGCGAACAGUGCCAGGUGGCGUGCCACUGUAGGAGAUACCCUCCCCUCCCUCCGCCUCCGCCUCCUCCACCGCCUCCUCGGCUUCUGGGAACCACAGUUGCAGAGCCCAUGGUGCCGUUGUUGAGGCCCUGGUGGAUGGAAGUGGACAUUAUAGUGCUUGGGACAGUGAGCUGUGCCUCAGUUGUCUUCCUCCUUUCUGCCAUCAUCAUCUGCUACAAGGCUAUCAAAAGGAAACCACUGCGAAAGGAGGAGAACGGGACGAGUCGCGGGGAGUACGCCAUGAGCAUCCGCAACAAGAAGGCCCUGGGUACAAACAACACUGUGGUAUAGACUUUUCUCCUGGUCCAGGAAGUAAUCACCAUCAUGUCUACAUCAUGUCUCCUGAAAACAACAGACCCUUCCCAACCCUUAGCGCGACUUGGGUUCACCAGAAGCUUUCAGACAGGUAAACCUCUCCUCUUUGUUUGGCAUUUAGCCCGGACUGAAGAUGCCCUUUCGCUCAAGAGGAGCUGAAAAAAGACGGAAAGCAGAGCAAAAUCGGAGCAGAAAAGACAGAGAGACAGGAUCCACAACUCCCUGUGGUGUCAAAAGUGGCACAGCAGACCGGGCAUUAUGCUUUUAGUAACAGCAAGUGUUGCUGACAGGCUGGUUGGCUGCAGGCUGGAGAGGAGCUGUCUGCCAGUCUGCAGCAGAUCCAGACCUCACGCACUGUUGACGUCUGCAGCGGGACAACAAGCAACCAGACGGGCCAACCAACAACAUGCAUGAUGUUUUUACAGAGAAUGAAAGAUUUUUUUAUAACCCUCCUCUCUGUCACGGUCUCCACCUUUUGUUCUCCGUUUUACCACACGCGUUGUGAAAGGCAGGAUCUGCCUCUGAGAUGUGGAUUCAUCUGACUAUGCAAUAUAAAGAAAUUAAUAUUUAACAGAGAAGAAGAGCAGCAACAUCAACACGGGACGUCCUGGUUGUUUUACCACGCCAAAAAAAGAGACUUCUGUUCCCUGUAAUAUAUCUUAAGUCAUUCAUUUAUUUAUUUUAUUUAACUAUCUUCAAAUUUAUUUUUAUACUUAAAGACAACUGUCCUGUAAUUUACACACAUGCUUACAAAUCUUGGGCAUUUUGAUGAAUUUGUCUUUUUUCUUGAUUGCUCUGUUUUUUUAAGCAAAUAAUUUGUAAACUAUGUUAAUCACUAGUGAUCUUCCUGUCAGUCUGAUGAGACUCUGUUUUCUCUCUCUGGGUGUUGCAACGCAGACAAGGAAAGAAGAAGUGAGGUUCCUGCUUACAUUGGAUUUAUAAGGGAAAUUAGCAGCCAGGUGCUGCUGAUCAUGCCGUUUACACUGCAAAAACAGAAAAUCUUACCACUAAAAUAGUGGUAAGAUUAUUUUAGUUUCUAGAAACUAAAAUAGUUUCUAAAAAAUAUUCUAGUACACCUGAAAUAAGAUAUAAGAGGUUGUUUAGGUCAAUUAUUCCUUAAUAUUGAUGAAAAAGUGUUAGUUCCACUGGUGGAUUAUUUCACAUACAACAAGAAUUUUUCCUAUAUGAGUGAAACAAUCUGCAAAUGGAACUAGAAUUUUUUCAUCACUAUUAAGAAAUUGCUUACUUAAAACAAGCUCCUAUAUUUUGCUGAAAGGUCACUUCUAAGUUAGUUUCAUCUUAUUUCUCAAAAUACUUGAAAUUAGACCCAAAAUACUUGGCAAAUUUGUUUUGCAUUGCAUUUGCCUGGCCGUUGCACUGCAAAAACCCAAAAUCCUAAAGCAUUUUUGGCCUAGUUUCUAAUCCAAAUAUCUUAGUGCACCCAAAAUAAGAAAAAACUAACUUGCAAAUAACUUUUCAGCAUAAAAUACAGGUUUAUUUUAAGUUAAUAUUUAUUUAAUAUUGAUGAAAAAGUGCUAGUUCUGGCAGAUUAUUUCACAAUGGAAAAACUUAUUGUUAUAAGAUGCAAACACAACUGCAAAUCUACCAAAGCAUGCCUGAAAAAUAAGAAGAAUCAAGGUUUCACAAUGGCCUAGUCAAAUCCCAGGCUUCAGCCUUUUUGAAAAGUUGGUUAGGAAUUUCAGAGAGCGUUGCAAUGAUAAAACAGAGCUCCAACUUUUAAAAAACUUCGUUAAUUUGUUCCAUUUAAAAAAUUAAGUUUUUCAAACUUGCUUUAUUUAAGCUUUUUUUAACAUAAUAAUUCUUAAUAAACUUAAUAUAUUUACUUGCAUAAACUCAAUUUGUUUACUUGUGGCAAAUUAACGACAUUUUUUUAAAGUGAGAUCAUCUAUUGUCUUUUUUCAGUGUGGCCAAUAAUAAUGAAAAAGACACAAACCACUGCUUUGUUGCUGCUAAUGGUGGCUACUGAAUCAAGGGGUGUACUUACUUUAUUGUUCCCAUGUCUGUCUUUCAGCUCACCAGACUUACGGUAGAAAGUCAGGGUCUCUAUGAUGUGCUAUGUGAAUGUGUGUUUCCAGGCCUUUUUUUCCUGUACUCCGUCACGCAACAGUCUCAAAUCUUCACGGUUUGUUUCCAGUCACGUAAUCAGCCUGUACGGAGAGAAAUUUGUUCCAAUAUUAUUGCGAGCAACAAAUAAAAUAUGUACAAAAAAAUUUAAUAAAAAAUAAAUAAAGUAUGAAAAAGUAUCAGCCUGCAACUUAAAUAUUUGAAAUUACUCUCUAGUCAUAAUUUUUGAUCAAGAAGUUUUUUUAAUUUACAUUUUUUGAUAUUUGUAAAUUUAAGAGAAUCAAGUAGCUCAAGAAAAAAGUU